AUGAUUCAUUCCUUCGGUGGAUCGCAAGGUUCCGGUAGUGUGUCGCCGUUGUCUAAUCGGUCUUCCUUGCUCUCGCAGUGCGCGUCACCUUGUUCGACGCCGCGUCAGCUGACGCUUACUGGGCUGAAUUCCGCCUUUAGGUCGAGGUACCCACCUUGCGGCAAUGUUGUAACUGAAUUAGAAGGCAAGAAGUUCUACCAUGCUAUUCGGAAUGGCGCAGACGUCAUCAGGGUCUGUGAUUCCGUCGCUGUUGUUGACAGCUUCGAUAACCAGGAGAACGGCACGCAACUGGUUAAAAUCGCGGCGAUCUUCCAAGAAGGCUGCAGCGAGAUGAAGGCAGAGGUGGCAUAUUACUACGACGCAAAAGAUUUUGUACCGGGGGCACACCAUCGAUUCCUCACCAACCAAUCACGUAUCUAUAUACACCAGAAUUCGGAUUGGCGGGGACUCAGUCAUGACCGCGAAGUGGUUGCUUCUAACCAGUUCAAAAUAAUUAGGGUGGGUUCGAUACAAGAUGUCAUCACGGUGCACGAAAAUUUGCAAGCUUAUCAGGCAGCCGUUGACGCGGCCGGCGAUGAGGCCAACCACUUCUUCUGUCAGCAAGUCUACUGCACGGAGAUAGAUGCGCUGAAGCCGUUCGACACGGGGACACAGUGGAAGCAGUUAAUGCUCGAAAGCAGCCAAUUUCACCGAGUGUACCACAUGGGUUUCACGGAAUCGCCGGCUGGCCGAUUGCAAGAAACAUGCGCCGACAAAGGCAAGGUCAUAUUGGGGCGGGAGGAUGAGGCCGCCACAAUCAGGACUUUUAUAGAGACUGGCAUACGGCAGGGUGGCACCGGUCAGCUGCUUUACGUGAGCGGAGUUCCGGGUACCGGUAAGACGGCAACGGUCAACAUGAUAGUGCGCGAAAUAACGGAGAAAAAGCUAAGCGCAAAGCUCCCGUGGUUCGAUCUUGUAGAGAUAAACGGUGUACACCUUGUGGACGCCAACGAUUUUUAUCGCAUCCUGUAUAACAAGCUGACGAAGGCAACGGCGCCAAACUAUCUUAUCGCCUACAAAGAGCUAGAUGAAUAUUUUGCGAACAACCAGACGCCAUGCGUGCUGAUAAUCGACGAAGCGGACUACCUAGUUACCCGCACGCAGAAAGUGCUGUUCACAAUAUUCGACUGGCCCUCAAGAAGGAAGUCAAACCUUGUCGUAGUCAUCAUCUCUAAUACUAUGGACCUUCCUAGCCGCAUGAAGGCAUCGUGCGUGAGCCGCCUGGCAUUCGGGUCCCUGGUCUUCCAACCAUAUCGUUACCAGCAGAUACUGGAUGUUCUAUCCGCCCAGGAAGACAUAAAGUCGGCCAUUGACCCUGUAGCACUGCAGCUGUGCGCCCGUAGGGUGACUAACUACAGCGGGGACAUGCGGAAGGCGCUCCAGAUUUGUAAGAUGGCGUUGGCGGCGGCUACUGAUGGCAAGGUGUCAACGGCUGAGAUGAAUCGCGUUUCGAACACGGUUCUGAGCUCACCUGCAGUGGAGUCGCUGCAACACCAGUCGGAGGCCAUGUCGUGUCUCCUGGCAGCUCUUGUGCUGGAGCUGCGUGAGACGCAACUUUCCGUCGCAUGCGCGCGCAAAAUCUACCACGCGUUCCGUGGGAUGAUGGCAGUGAUGAAACCGGAACUUGAAAAAAGCAUUUCCAUGGACUCAUAUAGGCGAAUGCUUGUAUCUGCAUCGGUGUCUGGUAUCAUAUCGCUGGAGCCCGCCGCAAUCAGCGAGCUGGAUUCUAAACGCAAGAUGGAAAGGUACGAGGAACUCGGUGAGGACCUAGGGGACACCGUAAUAGUGACAGAGAUCGACGUCGGGCACAUAAUCACAGCUCUGUCGAGAAAUCCGUACUGGGAACAGAAGCUUCGUGACCUGUAG